CUCAGUCGCUUUCGUACAGCAGGGCAGGCGUGUUCGUGGACGCAACAGAAUCGACUACGAUGGCGGCCGGCAACGAAGCUCAGCACAGCACACCGGUGUACCUGGGCGCCCUGCUGGAUGACGGGGAGGGCGCCACCGUGACUCUGGCGGCGGGGGAGACGCGGCUGGUGGUGCACAGGGCGGUCCUCGUGGCCGGGAGCCCCGUCUUCGCAGCAAUGUUCGGCCACGACACGGCGGAGUCGCGCGGCGGCCUCGUCGACGUCGCAGACGUGGACGGGCCGGUGCUGAGGGAGCUGCUGACGUACCUGUACACCCUCCGCGCCCCGCAGCUGGCGAGCCUGGCCCCCCGCCUGCUCGUCGCCGCCGACAAGUACGGCGUGGCGAGCCUGAAGGCCCAGUGUGAGCAGCAGCUGGCCGCUGGGCUGACGGUGGACAACGCGGCGGCCACAGCUGUUCUCGCGGUGCGACACUGCUGCCCCGGCCUCCGGCAGACGGCCGUCUCCUACAUAAAGGGCCACACACACCGAGUGAUGGCGACGCAGGGCUGGGCUGACGCAGUGCGCACCCAGCCAGAAGACGUCGUCGAACUCAGCAGGUUGCUGGCGGAGACGCCACCGGAAUCCAGCCCCGGCCCCAGCGCCGCCACUCAGCCUGCCAGCGGCGCGGCUGCCCGCCACACUCCGCCGCCUCCUGACGACGCGGCCGUCUCUCGCCUGCGUGCGGGCCGUGGCUCCAGCAGGCCCAGCCCUGCCACUCGGCCACUCGGCGACCCCGGACGCUCUCCUGCCGCGGCUGCCCGCCACACUCCGCCGCCACCAGACGACGCGGCCGUCUCUCGCCUGCAGAGCCUCUCUCAACAGGAGAGAGGGAGGAGGCUGAUAGAGGCGGCCAGGCAGGGCGCGGCGGAGCAGCUGCGCGAGUUACUGGCGGCGGGGGCGGACGUGCGGGCGAGGGAGGAGGGGUGGUUGGGGAGCAGGUGUACCGCCCUGCACCUGGCAGCAGGCAGGGGUCACGUGGCGGCGGCCAGCUGCCUCGUCGGCGCCGGCGCGGAGGUCGACGCCAGGACCAUCGGGGGGCAGAGGACGCCCCUGCACUGGGCUGCAGGGAGUGGCCACGCUGGUGUGGUGCGGCUGCUGGUCGGCGCCUCUGCUGACCUCAACGCCAGGGAUCGGUGGGGGCAGACGCCGCUGCACAGGGCGGCAGAGGAGGGCCACGCAGAGGCGGCGGCUGAGCUCCUCCUGGCGGGGGCGGACAGGGGGGCCCUGGAUGACGAAGCUAGGACCCCUCUGGACGUCGCCAGGAAGAGGGGAAAGCAGGAGCUGGUGGAUAUGCUGACACAACGCUGACAUACGGCAUUCAGGAAGCACAAGCAGUUACACCAUAUGCGUUGGCCUUUCAAAUAAAGAAU